UGACUAUUUUAAUAUUUUGUAUCGGAUACGAAUACUAGUCAAAACAUUAAGAUCAAAACUAUAUGAUUGAAGACAUCUAAUCCAUCAUUGCGAUUGUGCAUAUGUUCUUGUGACACAUAAUCUUUAUAUAUUUUACUAAUGAUAUAUUUCUAAUGUGGAAAUUCUAUCCCAUCUUUUAAUUAAUUAGUCAGAGAAUCUUGAACCUGAUCUCACUUGAUCAUUUAUAUAAAAUAUAUCUAUAUAUAUAUCAAUUCAACACUCUGAAACCACGAGGAUGCACAUGAACUUACAAAUGAAUUCGAAUAACACUGAUUCCCAAGCAACUUUCAAGUAUUUAAAAUCAAUAACAAAUCACAUAGUAUCUAAUAAGACUAUCUGUGGGCCCUUUCCACAUACACAAACAACAGAAGAAUCAUAUAGUAUCUUCAACUCGGAAUCAGUAAAGUAAAAGCCAAAUGCGAUCACAUGCGAUGGUUCCAUUAACUACCAAGACAAGCCAGCCAUCACAUUCUCCUCCGGAUGGUGGAUACAGGCGACGCUAAUCAUAAGUAAGCCCAACCAAGUUUCUCACUCUCAUCCCAAUGUCGACCUUCAAAUUAUAAAGAUCAUAAGCCGAAAAAGGUUGGGCCUGACAGGUAAUGGGUUUUUAGAAAGUAAGAACUGAACAACAAAUCUGUAGUGCUUUGAUGAUGAUAGUCAAUCCAGAUUAGCUUAAACCAAGGCUGGUUAUGUCAAUUUUGAGCUGUCAAAAUUGAAGAGGGUGGUUUAUCUGGUUCAGCAAGGCGGUUAGCCCAAGGUUUACGGUGGUUUAAAAUCGACUUAAUGUGCCUAAUAAACUCUAUGAUAUAUAUAGAGCAUAUGUGGUGUUAUCUCCUCUCUCUCUCUCUCUCUCUCUCUCUCUCUCUCUCUCUCUCUCUCUCUCUCUCUUGUGAGCUAAGUUCUACUGUGAGAAAAGAGGGAUUAUUCGAUUUGAUUCACUUGAGGAGAGCAAGAUCAUAGUGAAUUGGCUAAGAAAGAUCAACUUGACAAGUAGGGUUGUUACUCAUAUCGAGGGUCCAAACUCGUUAAUUGUCUUGUGUCAUUCUUUUGUGUUUACGUUUUUUGAAGUAUUGCGUUGAGUGAGAGAUUGAGAGUGAUCGAGGUUUCGAGCUUGUGACCUAACAAAAUGAAUAAAGAAAGGACUUGAUUUCAUGGGAUGAAAGUUUGUAAUCAAGAAUUUUAACUGUAGAUUAAAAUAAAGGCCGAUAAAUAAAAAUAUUAAUGUUGGUGUGGCAAGACCAAGCGUGGUUUUACUUGGAUUCAGGGCCGGUCUUACCAAAUAACACACCUGACAAAAUCAUUGGAAAAUUUAAGAUCAACAAUUUUCUACUUCAAGUAAGAUAUAUUCCUAACAUGUCUAAUAUCCAUAGUCGAGAAGUGUUGAAAGACUAAAUUACAAUUAUCUUGGUAAUUGUGGGGAGAGAACUAAUUAAACUAUUAUUUUGGUAUUCUAUAUUAUUCUUUAUUUUUUAAAUAUUAGUAAUACACAUUCACAAAUAAUGGAAUGUACAUAAUUGGCUUAUCUUUUGUGUUCUUCUGUGGUGGUCACAUCAACUUUCUUUUUAUGUCAAAAUAGUUACAUCUGCCUCUUCUUUUUCUCUUUUUCUUUCUCUUUCAUAGUCACGUUCGUUGACUAUUUCUACUUGGAACACCGGCUGCUCAUAUAUAAAAUAGAAACCAUUUAACGCGGGCUUCUUAUUAAUUAUUUUCGACUAAUUGAACAUGUUCUAAUGAUUGACGAAAGACAAGAACGUGUUCCAACGAGGCAACGACUUCGAACAAAAAGAUAAAAGAAAGCACCAUCCGCUGCACGAGAAAACUAUUUAAAUGUUAUCUUAUGCACCAAUACAACCUGCCGACUACCUUCAUUUAAUACCAUCUCACAUGCAUUACAAAACCAUUACAAGAAGCAAUUUCUAUGUCUUUAUAAAUUUCCAAACAUAAAAAAAACAACCAAACAAACAAACAAACACAAUGUCUAACACCGGCGUCGCCACGGAGGAGCUGGGAAAGACAGCCGUAAGAUCCUCCUCUGGUGGAUGGAGAUCUGCUAGGCUCAUCAUCUGUGUAGAAAUGGCUGAGCGAUUCGCAUACUAUGGUAUAUCGACUAACCUGAUAACGUACUUGACGGGACCAUUAGGAGAGUCAACAGCUUCAGCUGCGGCUAAUGUCAACGCUUGGAGUGGAACGGUCUCGUUUCUGCCGCUUAUCUGGGCCUUUAUAGCUGACGCGUUUCUCGGUCGUUUCCGUACUAUCAUCAUCUCAUCUUCUCUAUAUGUCAUGGGACUUGGGUUGCUGACGUUUUCAACCAUGAUUCAUUCCCAAGAGCUCCAAGUGACUCUCUUCUUCUGCUCUCUCUACCUUGUAGCCAUAGGACAAGGCGGUUACAAACCGUGUAUUAAGGUAUUUGGAGCUGAUCAAUUCGAUGGUAACGAUAUAAAAGAGGCGAAAGCCAAGAGUUCUUUCUUCGACUGGUUAAUGUUUGGAAACUGUAUUACCAUACUGACAUCUCAGUUGGUCUCUAGUUACAUCCAAGAGAACCUAAGCUGGUCACUAGGGUUUGGUAUUCCAAGUGUUUCCAUGCUACUUGCUCUGUUUUUGUUCCUCCUUGGGACUACCUCUUACCGUGUUAUUACUGAAAGAGGAGGGAAGAAAAACCCUUUUGCUAGAAUCAGUCGUGUUUUCGUGGAGGCAUUGAAGAACAGAAAGCAAACUGAUGUAGAUAACCUGAAAGAGAACCUCCUUCUCCUACCUCACCAAGAUUCCAAGGAAUAUAGAUUCCUUGACAGAGCAGCGGUUUCAUGUGAUUUAGACGAGAUUGAAGAAGCAAAAGCGAUGCUUAGGCUUGUUCCCAUAUGGAUGACUUGCUUAGUCUUUGCCAUUGUAUAUGCUCAAUCCUACACUUUUUUCACAAAGCAAGGAGCCACAAUGAACAGGUCAAUCUCACCAGGACUCUUAGUCCCUGCAGCUUCACUCCAUGGUGUCACAAGCCUAACAAUUAUCGUGUUCAUCCCACUCUACGACCACCUACGCGUCCCCAUGGGUAAAUUAUUCACUCAUAACUCAUCAGGAAUCACAAUGCUUCAAAGGAUAGGCACAGGAAUUUUUCUGUCCAUUCUUGCUAUGGUAGUAGCCGCCUUGGUCGAGAUCAAAAGGCUCCAAGCCGCUAAAGAUGAUGUCACCGUACCAAUUAGCGUGUGGUGGUUGAUUCCACAGUACGUAUUCAUUGGACUCUCGGACGUGUUCACAAGGAUUGGUUUACAAGAGCUUUUCUAUGACCAAGUCCCUUGUGAGCUUAGGAGCCUUGGUAUGGCCUUGAACCUAAGCAUUUACGGUGUCGGCAACUUUCUAAGCAGCUUUAUGAUAUCAGUCAUUGAUAAGGUCACAAGCCAUUCUGGUCAAACGAGCUGGUUCGAUAAUGACUUGAACGAGGGUCAUCUAGAUUACUUUUACUGGCUUCUCGCUUGUCUCAGCUCCAUUGCUUUAGCCUUUUACUUGUGGUUCGCCAAGUCGUAUGUGUACAACAGACUAAACACCUUCUAAAGCAUUGUCCUCUGAUCUGCCUAAUGUAUCGAGCAUUCUUCAUUUACUGAAAUGUACCUUAGAACCAACUAAAUCAUGAUUACACACUAGAAUGUUAUGAAUUAAAUAUUAUGAGGAAUUUUGUAAACGUACACUAAAUUAUUCUUGAUUUUUUUUUUAAAUACCAUUUUAUUAUUUUAGAGACCUA